AUGAAGGUCGCUCCGACUCGCGCCAUUGCGGCAGCGCGUCGCGGCUUCCAGACGCAGCUACAGCGCGCCCUGUCUACGCACACAAACGUGGACAACCACGCGUUCGUCCAUGGCAUGUCGAAAGAACAGGCCAGAAAGGCGCUCGACCGCCAUGCUGCCAUUCGUGCGGACCAUCACGCCGCCAAGCGCGACUUCCUCUCGUCCAGUCAGGGCGAGCACGAGGUCGACGCAGACGAGGCGAACCGCAAGCGCGUCAUUUACCGCAGCAAGCAGCGCGGCUGGCUGGAGGUGGAUCUGCUGCUGGGCCGCUGGGCCAGUCAGAACGUCAUGCAGCUCUCGAGCGAAGAGCUGCGGGAGUACGAGGACAUUCUGAACGAGGAGACGAUUGACAUCUUCAACUACAUUUCAGGCAAGGAUCCAGACGUGCCUGCGCGAGUUGACACGCCUAUGAUGAAGAGGUUGCAGGCGUACUGUCUCUCGUCGCCCUUGGGCAAGGCGUCGGUGGAGGGAUUUGCACAGAACAAGAAGUUCAUGAGCAACUAG